AUGAAGGACAGGCAGAAGUCGCGAAGUGGGUGUCUAACAUGCGAACAGAAACGGCUCCGGUGCGAUAUGAUCAAGCCGAACUGCGACAACUGCACAAAGAAGGGCUUGAGGUGCCCUGGCUACCAACCACGCCUGAAGUGGUCCACCAAAUAUGAGAUGCGUGCAGUCACAAGCGGACCAGACAAUUUUGUCCAGCUUGUUACCGCCGCAUCGGAGGCCAUAGACGAAGGCACCAUCCAGGAUGCUCGCAUUCCCAUCUCGCAGGCAGCCGUACCCCCUAACAGCAAUCCAGAAUCGCAGGACUCAAACGGGUUCGAUACGGAUAGGAUGAAAAAUGCCGCCUCACAAAGCCAGUUGACAUGCAACAACCACGCGCGCCGGCUCUCGGCGAAUAUCAAAAUUCCGCAGCAGUACUCACUCAUCCAAUCACGCUGUCAGAGCCCUGAUCCGUCGAGGGAUACUGUUCCGCUAGCACCACCAGGAAUGAGCUCUGUUGAGGUGGAUUCCGCCUGUAGCGAUAUCCCCGAGAGCCCGACGGCUACGAAUGCGAAUGGUGACAUAUACCAGUAUGACCUUUGCAACGAGCAGAAGAAGUUCAUACGGGUGGACGCACUCACUCGGCAUCACGGCACCUGCCACCCAGACAUUCAGAGCGUAGGACAGCAGCGGCCGACGGAUAAGCAGCCUCAAACUGCGACAUUGACUAACCCGGUAAACUUUAGCCAGCCUGCCUCUGUUGUGUGCGAGAGAAACGACGGUAAUCACUUGAAGGUCUUCCGACAGCCCCCGACAUUGCAUUCUGGUAUCGAUACACGCUCGUUCCCGAUUAAGGGCUCUGAUAUUUCGCCCGCUGUACUGGACAACCUCUUGGAACGCUCUUGCUCUCGGCGCCUCUCAAGCACGGCUACAGACAAACAGCGAGGGCAAAAGCGAGGGCAAAAGCGACGGCUUUCGGAAGGGCAGACAACUAUGGUCCUACGGCGCUCGAAGAGAACAUUGGCUCCAAAGGUUGCACGGACUUGCGAGAACCGCGAUGGCGCCGACGGAAAAUGCGACUAUGAAGAUCCAUAUAAGCAAUGUAGCGAGAAGGCUUUGGAACGUGGAUACAAGAGCGUCAAUCCACAAGCCCAGCUUGACCGGAUUGAAGACGGCAUGAAGUAUAUCAAAGAGGUGCUGACGACUCUUGGCGGAGAGAUGGAAAUGUUGCGGGCCGAGGGGCGGGGUGCCUCAAAGUCCGAGGUUGGGUCUGGGAGAAACCACAGCCACCCCCAUUGUCCGUCGCCAUCGCCACCACCGCCGGGCCCUCCUCAGCCGGAGGAUUAUGCGGAGUAUCUUGCCGACUUCCAAGAGCACAUGCUACCGCUAUGUCCUCUUCUCACGCCCGACGAGCUCCAACCCAAUAAGUUCAGGUCGCUCUUGGAUAGCGACCAGCCGGCGGAGAAGGCCGUCGCACUCCUUGUGUGCGCUUUGGGAUGUCAAUGCAGAGGAAAACUCGCGACUGGUGGCUUCGUGGAUUUGCGUGGGAAUGGAGAGUGA